UGCAAAUUUAUGUUUAAGAAAAGGAAAUAAAAAAAAAGUGCCUUUUUAACGUGGAAAUGAUGGCCGGUCGUAGUGGAACUUAUUCUUUUGACGAGAAUAGUGACGCCCAUUUACCAGCAGUGCACAAGUCAAUCGACAUUGAAGAUGUCCCAAAGAAGUGCAGCACGAAAGAAACUGAUGAAGUGGAUUACGCCAAAGAUGUGGAACCGGCCGUGGAACGUAGACAACGUUACUUCAGUUUGGCCAUCAUCACGCUGACGGCCUUUACUUUUAACUUGUCCUUCUCCAUCAUCCUGACGAGUGCCAAACCCUACCUCGAUCAAAUGGAUCCUGAAGCUGGAACACAAUUUCUCGGUUUGUUCAUUUCUGCCCAGCCAUUGGCCCAGCUGUUUUUCAGUCCGCUGCUCGGCUUUCUCGGCAAUAAAUUCGGUUCGAUUCGAAUCUUGUCCAUCUUGUCCACCCUCGUCCUCACCGCAGGGUUCGUCCUCUACGCCUGCGUUUCUGCAUUGCCCGGACCAAGACGUUGGUAUUUAUUUGCUGCCCGUUUCCUCAUCGGAGCCGCUGCAGGAUCGAUUACCUUGUGCUUCAGCUACAUCGCAUCGGCCACGACGGUCAAGGAGAGAACGACGGCCAUUUCGCUUUUUAGUUUGGCCGGUUCGACCGCUUUUGUUUUCGGCCCGGUGAUUCAAUUGGCUUUUGCUCCGCUGGGCGUCGGGACGGACGUGCCGAUUGGAGGCGAUCUCUUCAUUAAUUUAUUCACCGGCCCUUCGUGGCUGUCGGCCGGCAUGGCUCUGUUCAACGCGUUCGUUUUCAUGCCGGGCAUCUUCAGCGAGCACAACGUGGCCAAGAAGGAAGGCGAUUUCGUGGCCACGAUGGCGGCCAAGAAGAGGUCCGGCAAAGCGACUUGUCCAUCUCCCGGAGAAAUGGCUCAACAAAUCAAGAAGCAAAAACGGCCCGACAAGUGGGCUUUGAUCGUUUGCAUCGUCAUCUUCGCUUCGGUUCAAUUCAAUUUCAUUUUCCUGGAGAGCGUGGCCACGUUGUUGGUGAUCGAACAGCUGGGCAUGUCGGAGAAAUCGGCCAUUAUUAUGGUCGGUUUAGGCUUUGCCGGUGCAGGUGUUUACAGUGGACUCAUUUUCGCCAUUUUGGGACCUUUGGCACGCAGAAUGGGCGAGAGGAUCCUGUUGAUCGUUGGGGUUGUCUUUCUAGCCUUGGGACCCGUCAUGUUGUACCCGUGCAGUGGCCCACCGCCGCCUCUCAAAUACUCUGACGUCACCAAUGCAUCCACACCGUUGGCAUUUAAUAACGAGAGUCUGAUUGAGCAAUUGACGUUCAAUUACGGGUGGCUUUCGGCCCCGAUCCCUGUCAGUUUAAACAACAUUUCAGGAGGAUGUCCGAUUGAUUUGCAGCCGUGGUGCGGGUACACGUCGGCCAUCCGAUGGCAACAGCUGAUUGCAGGUUUCAUUUUGAUCGUGACGGGAUUUCCAAUGGGGGCCGCCAUGACGAACGCCAUUUUUAGCAAAAUAAUCGGCCCAUUUCCACAGGGCACUUGGAUGGGCAUUUUGGGCGCUGGAGCUUGUUUCGCUCGCGUUCUGUGCCCCAUUUGCGUCACCAACAUUUAUUCGGCUUACGGACCCAUGGCCACAUUCGCCUUUAUGACUGGCGUCAUGAUUAUCGUUUUGAUGUUGCUCCUCAUCAACUACCGCCACCUGGUGCCCUAUCGCUACGAAAACAUUGAAGAGUCAGUGCCUUAUUUAAUAUCUUAA